AUUAGUGCAGGAUGUUAGUUGACCAAAUUUAUGUUUUGUUUUCAUGUAAACACAUGGCUGCUCAUUUCAUAACACUAGGGGAGUGAGGGUAGAGGGUGGACUCGUUCAGUUCUGUCUUUGCAAUUUGCAUUCUCCCUCACACUAGAAUCCCACUUUUGAGUUUUUUACAAACAUUAAAAUGUCGGAUACAGUGCAUGCCUCAGAGACUAUCACUCAUCACUUUUGGGAAAGUGAGGUGGAAGUUCUCAGGAAAAAGGCCGUGACACAGGAUGGUAGGCGAUUCCGCUACUUUGAUGACAGAGGAAUCUUCAACUUUGUCUUUUUUAUUUGGGCACACAAAUGGGUUAAAGCAACUGCCAAAGAGUAUCUGGACCCUUACAUGCUCCACCCACUUCCACUGGCUGACCAGCUUCUCAUAUGGCAACCGGUAUUCUCGAGACAUGUAAGUGAUGGGAUAGCCAGUAUUGAGACUUUUGAGUCUCUAAGUGAAGAAGCAAAGAAGAAAACAAAGAAACCAGUCAGGUACAUUUUGUUCAGGGCCAUUUGGCUGACCUUUUGGAAGAGGAUUCUGCUUGCCAUAACGGCAAUUAUCUUUAUGAACGCAAUUGGAAUGAGCGUUGCGAUCAUACUUCACAGAUUGCUCAAUCUUCUCUCUACUGGAAAUUUUAGGUUCAUGACGUUUUCUGGAUUGGCCCUCUCCAUUGUCAUCAUUGAGCUUUUCAAAGAGAUUUGCAUGGACCACAUUUACUACUAUUUACAGAGGCUUACUGCAAUUAUUGAUUCAUGUCUCCGGGUAACCACCUUUCAACAUGGACUGUGCUAUAGGCGCACCUUUUUCAGCAAUUUGCAGUCCAAGGAAGGAGCCUGCAAGAGCAUCAUUCACGGAUGUUCCGGAGAGGAUACAUGCUCAAGUGACCCACUAUUAUGUCCUGCUAGACGCCACAAAAACAAUAAAGUAACUCCCAAGAUUUAUUCCCUUGUUUUAAACGAUCCACAUUACAUUCCACUUUUUGUCGAGUUCACAACUGGCAUGAUUGAUUUUCUGACAGCGUUCACAUACGGUCUCAUCUUGAUUAGCCAGCAGUUUAACAUGAAGGCACUCACUAUCCUUAUCAUUUCACUAUCUUUGGUGGCAUGCAUGUUCGUAAUGGAACUCGUCAAUGGUUUUGUUAUGAAAUAUUUCUUUGGGGUUAGGGAUAAUAGAAUCGCUAGGUCUGAGGAAAUUGUUUCAGCCCUGGAUCUUAUCGAGAGAAUGUCAUUAGAUGAUAUCGGCCACAAUGCUAUUACAGAGGCUAGGAAUGAUGAACUGGUCAUUGUACCUAUUCGUUUCUUUUUAUCUCUCAUGAACAAGGUCCUCAUGACAUCAAUAAUGUGCAUAGACAUCAUUGUUCUAAUUAAUGAUUUUGUCGGACAAGUUGAAGUUUCUGAAGAUGUCAAGAGCAUAAAUCCUUCUGGGCUCUUGGCAUCAAUCUUUGUUCUGUUAAAGAUUCUUGGUCCACUAUACAUGGUUCCUCUUAAACUCAAACUUUUAGUUUUUACCAUAAUAUCAUUCAAAAGGGUUGAAAGAUUUUUUAGAACUUGUUCACCAAACUUUUAUCUUCCGGAUAACAAGUUUACUGGGGAUAUUCCUCUGCCAGAGGCACUACCUGAUGAGGAUAAGACACUGCCAAAAGGCCUAGUUGUAAUGUUCAAGAAGGCCUCCUUUGCCUGGAUCAAUAGCAGGAAGGAUCUUUUAGACCACACUGGUACCACAUAUCUGAGAGACCUUGACUUUGUCCUCAAUACUGGUGACCUUGCCAUCAUUACUGGUGCUAAAGGUUCUGGAAAGACCAACUUUAUCAAGGCGGUUCUUGGUGACAUGACUCUGGUAGAAGGAUCAAUGGCUGUGUUGCCUCUAUCUACCAACAUGCCAAUAUUCUAUGCCUCUCAGGAUGUAUGGCUACAAAAGGGUACCAUCAGAUCUAACAUUACCUUUGGUCACAGAUUUGAUGAGGAGCUUUACAAGACAGUCAUAAAAGCAGUUGAACUUGAGCAUGACAUAUCCACUUGGGAAGGAGGUGACCUGCGUAAGAUUUCUGAACAUGGCUACUCCCUCAGUGGAGGUCAGAGAGUGAGAGUUGGACUUGCUCGUGCCAUCUAUGCCUAUCUCAUCUUUAGCAAGACUAAUAGAGAGAGUGAAUCUGGACAUUCCUUUUUGGUAGUCCUUGAUGACUGUUUCACUAGCUUGGAUCCAUUUGUUGCAAGAACUAUCUUUAGGAAUCUCUUUAAUAUUAAUGAUGGACUAUUGGUGAAAGAAGAUGUAUCUACAGUUCUAACGAUAUCCAAGCGUAUUUUGGAUGCUUGUGUAGCAUCUGAAUCUCAAAAAUCAUUCCCGGAUGCUCCAAUAUAUUUCCUGGUAAAUAAAACUCUUUUACAGAGCAAUAAGCUUAAAUCCCUAAUAGAGCACGAAGUUGGUCAUAUUGAACCUCCAAGACCUUUUGAUAGGGUAAAGCUUCCGCCUGUAUCACAUGAUAUCCUCAGAAGAUGCAGUUCUGAUGACUUUACCAGACUAGGACGAAGGAGAUCGACAGAAUCUAGAUACUCUGAUUCACCAACACUUCAAGAGAUACAGGAUACAAAGGAUACAAAUAGUAAGAGUUUUAAGCCGUAUAGAGCCUAUUUCCUCGCUACGGGCUGGCCCAUUAUGUUCUUCUUUAUACUUACAUUUACCUUUGCAACUUUGGAUAAUACCAAAUUUGUUAUUACUUCCAAAGUAUCAGAUUCAGUCCUUGAAUAUGCAAAGGAACAUGACGGAGCAAGAAUAUCACUAGAGGAUGUUAAAGAAUACUGUAUUAAGGCAUUACAAUGGAUUGUCAUUCUUUCCAUCGCUGUCAUGAUUGGAGCUUUCUUCCGUGUAGUUGCGAUGACAUCCGCUUCCCUAAAUGGUGCACUAAGGAUUCAUGAAUAUUGCAUAAACUCUCUGUUUACAAACAAUUUGGCUGUUUUAAGAAUAAAGGCGUCGCUAGGCAGCAUUUUGACAUUCUUGUAUAUGGAUACGUUUUUCAUUGACAACAUAUUUGGAUAUUUUCUCCACGAUUCAUCUGUAUUGUCAAUUGAAACUGCGGUCCAUAUGUUGACACUAUUCUUUUUGGUACCAUGGGCUACUCCACUUGCUGUAUUACUUGGUUUGAUCAUUCUUAGGCUCCUUGUAUACUACUAUGUAAGGUCCUGCAAGAACGCAUAUCUGGCACGCUUGGAAACAUUUGGCCAAAUUGAUUCUACCAUAGAAACGGCUAUAUCAGGUCUAUCAAUUUAUAGGAGCUUUAAAAAGGAGUGGGAAUUAGUUCAUGCUAUGGCAGAAAGUGUUGAUUAUAAUCUAAGGUGUUUUCUUUUGACAUAUUCAGCAAUGACUUGGGGAACAAUUUCGUCCAGAUUAUUUCUAUCACCUUUGGCUUUGUUCAUUCUUGUCUUUCCUCUUCUUCUUUCACGCUGGACAGGAAAUGAAUUACAAGUUGGAUAUUAUGCCAUGGCAUAUUCCAUCUUCCUUAGCUUGAAUACCUCAUUUGCAAAUUUCCUCAAACUGUACUGUUUGAUGGAAAUGCAUAUUGGCUCUGUCAAGAGGUUUUCAAGUUUUAUUCCUGAAAAUACACCUCUAAAGUUUAACAAGAAGAGAAACAUUUAUAGAACGGAAAUUGUUGUUGACCGUUCUAAGGACUCAGAUCACAAUAACCUAAGUUUGGACAAUGUUGAGAAGUAUAUUGUUUCCAGGCGCUUUGCAAGACAUAUUUCAAGGAGGGGCUUGUAUUGUACAAAUCUUAGAACAUUGCUCUUUAGGCACAAGGUUAAUGUGCUUGACGUGUCCAAGUAUGCAGUUUCAGGUACUACUAGGAUAAAGUUGGAUAAUGUUAGUGUAUACAUCCACUCUACCAAGGAUUCCAAGGAGAAGUAUGCUAUUCUCAAGAAUGUUACUUGUUCUGCGGAUACCUCGGACAUUAUUGGAGUUAUUGGAAGAACUGGCGCAGGAAAGUCUACCCUAUUGUCAGUACUUCAAAACUUGGCUAGAAAUAGAGAUGGUUCUGUAUUCUUAGAUGGCUGUGAUUUGAAUGAUAUGCCAAAGAAUGUGACUAGACAAGUUAUUGGAGUACUACCUCAACUACCAUUUGUCUUUAGAGGUUGGACUGUACGUAGAUUCAUUGAUCCAAGAAUGUUAUUUGAAGAUGCUGAUAUUGAAAUGGCCUUGGAAAUUUGUGGUUUGAUCAAGUUUGUCGAGAGUCUUCCAGGCGGUAAGGGUCUUGACACGGUCAUUUUACCGGAUCAUUACCACAAGGAUAUGCCAAGGUACUACAAGAGGGUAUACUACGGCCCAGAAUUGAAGCCACAGGAUACUUCUUCCGCAGACAAUGUAAAUAUAGACUAUGGAGCUGUACUCUCAAACUCACAGCUACGCACACUUUCAGUAGCAAGACUAGUGCUCUACAGGGAAUUCUUCAAGGUUCUCCUGAUUGAUGAACCUCCAGAGGAUGAGGUUGGAUCAACAAAGGAAGACGUCCCAAUUUAUGAAAUUAUAAGGGCACACUUUAGACACUGUGCAACAUUUAUUGCGGCACAUGAUGUUGACGUUUUGCGUCUCUGCACUUCAGUUUGGGUCUUCCAUAGCGGGUCUCUCAUCAAGACCUGCAAAACUGAGGAUAUUGUAGACAGUAGUUCACUCUCAAAGAUUAUAGAGGAUUGUAUUACCACACACGUUUAA